GACGCUUUAUGUACUUUCCCGCCACACAAGACUCUCCUCCAUUCUUCAUUUUGGAAGAAAAUGGCUUCCGCAUCCUCCAAAACCCUAACCGAUUUUUUCAACCGAGCUCCCAAACGCUUGAAACCCACUCUCACCACUAUCUGCAAAUCCGAAGAUACCACCCAUGCCUCCUCCACCCUCUCCGUCGACCAAAAAUCUCGCAUCGAAUUCAAUAAGAGCCUCGCUCUGUCCAAACGAAACCUCAAAAUCUGCAUCGACAGGAUUUCCAAACACAAAGAAUCUUCAGUUGCGGGUUGCGUGAAACUAGAAGAGUUGCUUGUGGAGGAAUCGUGGUUGGAGGCUUUAUCUGGAGAAUUUCAGAAAUCGUAUGCCGUUAAUCUUUCGAAGUUCGUUGAAACGGAGAUUUGUUCUACUAGAGAUGAUUCUGUGUAUCCUCCUCAGCAUUUGAUCUUCAAUGCUCUUAACACUACUCCUUUUCAUUCUGUUAAGGCCGUGAUACUUGGCCAGGAUCCUUAUCAUGGACCUGGUCAAGCAAUGGGGCUUUCGUUCUCUGUACCGGAGGGAAUCAAAGUUCCAUCUAGUUUGGUAAAUAUAUUUAAGGAGCUCAAGCAAGACCUUGGCUGUUCAAUUCCAUCUCAGGGUAAUCUUGAAAAAUGGGCCGUGCAGGGCGUUCUCUUACUCAACGCUGUUCUCACAGUCAGGAAGCACCAAGCAAAUUCUCAUGCAAAAAAAGGCUGGGAACAAUUUACUGAUGCUGUUAUCAAGACAAUCUCGCAGAAGAAAGAAGGGGUUGUGUUUCUGCUGUGGGGAAAGUCUGCUCAGGAGAAACUUAGGUUAAUUGAUGCAACCAAGCAUCACAUUCUAAAAGCGGCACAUCCUUCUGGUUUAUCUGCACAUAGAGGCUUCUUUGGCUGCAAGCACUUCUCUCAAACUAACCAACAUCUGAAGCAAAUGGGGAUAAGUCCCAUAGAUUGGCAACUAUAAUUUAUAUGCAGGGUUCAAGUGUUUUUUGAGCUUUUUUAUCCAUGGUGUAUAGAUGAUUAUGUGGUAUUUUUGAAGUACUGACCAAUACUAGUAGCAUUUUGGUAUGUUGUUCUCGGAUCAUAAAUUAAUUUUGUACUAUCCAUGUGCUCUCUCAGUAUCAACUAACGAUAUAUUUAUGGUGGAGAUUUGAAACGGUA